ACGAAAAGGAAAGAAAAGCUGAAGCACACACAGAGGGGAGAGAGAGAGAUGGGGGACGAGAGGGUGAAAGAGGAGGCUCUGCAGAUAAUCGGGGCGUUCCAGGUUCUGCCCCGCCUCGUUGUUUUCGAUCUCGACUACACUCUCUGGCCCUUCUACUGUGAGUGCCGCUCGAAGCGUGAAAUGCCAUCGCUUUACCCCCAUGCAAAAGGCAUUCUGCACGCCCUCAAGGAAAAGGGAAUCGGCAUGGCCAUUGCUUCUCGAUCGCCGACUCCAGAUAUCGCAAAGACUUUUCUUGAGAAGCUGAGUUUGAAGUCGAUGUUUGCUGCCCAGGAAAUCUUUUCUAGUUGGUCGCACAAGACGGAGCAUUUUCAGAGGAUUCAUUCGAGGACAGGGGUGCCCUUCAACUCGAUGCUCUUUUUUGAUGACGAAGACAGGAACAUUCAAGCAGUCUCUAAAAUGGGAGUUACGAGUGUUUUGGUUGGAAAUGGGGUAAAUCUCGGGGCAUUUCGGCAAGGACUGACGAUGUUCGCUCAGAAUACCGCUACAGCUGAGAAGAACUUGAAGAGAUGGCGCACAAAGUUCUCUCAGCAGUCAAAAUCGUCUCCAAGUGAAGAGAAGGAGUGAUUGAUUAUUUUGCAUCACUUCAUCCCGAAAUUAUAUGGUUCUGAUAAAUGAUAAUUAUCUGUUCAAGAUCCACUACUACUCAAUACUCUUAUUUUUGGCUAGCAAGCGAUGCGGCUACCCCUGUAGAUGGUAAAAUGUCUGUAGUUUGAUUUGUAGGACACGGUCAGUUUGAAAGGAAGCAAUUACAGUGGGUUGAUUGAGUAUAGGCACCCUCCAAUCAUAAAUACAUUCUGACCAUUCAA